AUCGAUUCUACCAUGACCAGAAUAUCCUCUAUGAAUGACUAACACGAAGUUACCUUGACGAUACGGCUACCAGUGUGGCGCCUUCAUUGACCAAUCACAAAACACCACAUCAGCUACUUGUUUCGUCGGCCAAUCCUAUUUCGCUUUACCUCUAAAAUGGCCACUCCCUACCUCCCACCAUCGGUCGUCCGAGUCAUCGUCUCAGCACCUUUUGUGUGUCACAACAGUUGCAUCAGAAUCACCGGAACAACUAAAUCGGAGGAAAAAAAAAUAAAUAAAAUCCAACCUAAAGGGUGAGGUAAAAAUUCAGUUCGCCAUCAUUUCUCAAGGUCAUUAUAUGUGGGCAUCAGAUAUGCUGAAAAACGUUGUAGUUAACGGAGAUAUAUAGUAAAUCACAAAUAAAAAUUGACAACCGUCAACCAGUUAGAUUGUGGGCAUAGAAUAUUUACGAGUUUAAUGGCUGAUUAUGAGUUUUCCCAGAAGUGUCAUCAUUACGCUGCCUAAGGGUAUGCAAAAAGCCACACUCGGUAACGAAAUUAAUUUGGCGACUUCGAUUCUUGGAGCCAAAGCAAAAAUGGAAGCAAGGAAAAUGAAGAUUGAAGAAAUUGACGACUCGUCGUGUCGAAUUGUUAAACCUGAUGAAUGGCUUAGAGGAAAGAAAAGGCGGCUCGAUCACCUUACAUGGGAGGAAAAGUUACAGCGAAAAAAAUUGAAGAAUCGAGUAGCAGCUCAAACAUCCCGAGAUCGGAAGAAAGCUAAACUCGAUGAGCUCGAGGAUACCGUGCGUGCUCUCCACGAACAAAACGAUCUUCUCUCAGAAGAAUGCGCGCUUCUUCGCUCUCAGAAUGAAACCCUUCUUGUUGAGAGCCAACGUCUAAAAUUUCAGUCUCAAAAUCCAACGAAUUCAGUAAAGUACUGUGAAUCGUGUCAGAACCGUGUCGAUUAUGUUAAGCCCACGCUGGGAUCCGCCGCAUCCCCUAACCCUCUGCUGCAGGGUGGCAAAACACAAUCGGCACCAGCUCUGACCCAAAAUGCCACAGUAAUCUUGAAGAUACUGACCCUUUACCUCCUCUCGAGGAGCUCUUUGGAGAUCUCCAAGGAGACGACUACCUCAUCAGACUUGAAGAACUCGCCGAGAGCCUUCUGCGAGAGGUUACCGCAGAAGUGGAAGCAAAUUCUAAUCCAGCAAAUGUCAACAACAGCCAGAAGAGAGAUUCCACUGAAAAAUAUGACAAUACAGAGCGAAUGGUGGGGCAGACAUCAGAAGAUGUGGAAACCACCUCAGCUAGCGGAGGCUUGAAGGACUCAGGUCGAUCACAAUCAGCCCCAGAUUAUUUGUCGCUCGUUUACACAAGUCCUGGAAAGAAAUCGGAAACGAAUAAUGAUGUUUCAAGCACUCCUAAUCACAUUGGAAACAACUCCAAAAAAAUUAUCACAAAAAAUUCCCACUCAAAAAUUUUUAAUUCUGAUAUCCGUUCUGAGCCGAUUUUCAAUUAUUUACCCACUACAAAUGUUUUGAAACGGGAAAUUAAACAGGAACCCGUUAAUGACUCUGAUACAGUUUACGGAACUUAUGACGAGGCUACCAAUUGCAUUACUAUUAUUUGCAGUGAGGAAAAUGGUGUUGCUAUUCAGGAAUGCGUUCAGGAAGUUUCUAGUGAUAACAGCACACCUUUAACCUCAAAAUAUUCAUAUAAAAAUCACCUUUCACCAGUGUAUACUAUUUGUGAUAAUUCAUCGCCCGAUAGUCUCCACUCGGAGGAAUCUGAUGGACAUCUGAGGUAUAAGAACGAUGACUGUGGCUACGAGUCUCAUGACGAACCCAAAGUCGAAAGGACCUCAAAUGUUACACAAUUGACCGAUCCCUGGCACGAGAGCUUUUCUAUCUUAUUUCCCAGUCUUGCUUGAUCAAUUUCGAUAUCACCAUUAUCCUUAUCAUUCAAAUACAUCAAUUUUUCCUUUUUUCCGCGAAAAAAUAUUUAAUGAUAAAUUUUUAAUAUAUUCAAUUUAUCUAGGUCACUUUAUACUGAUUAGUUUGAAUAAGGGUGGUUCGCAGACAUUUCAUUGUUUCAUCAUAAAAAAAUUGUACAUAAACUAUAAAGUAAUGUUCAUAUAUUUUUAUACUAGAGCAUUUCUCUCCGAGUUUAUCCUCAGUGUUCUCCGUGCAUAAGUCGAUAUUAGAAUACACUUCUUUAUGGAAUUAUUUACCUCAAUUCAAUUACGUUUACAAUGAGUCCUCUAAUGGUUUUGUGUUCAUGAACGGUUUCUUAAUGUCCAGAAUUACUCAUGUUUUCUUUAAUAAUAAAAAAAACAAAAAACAAUAUUGCUCAUUGUAAAAAGCUGAAUAAACAGUCUGGAGCCUGAUUUAUGAUAAAA